AUGGCCAGAAUUGGGCGUAUCUUGACCCUUGUGGUCUUCGCCGCCGUUGCUCUGUUCCUCUUCAUGGGACAGACGGUCGAGGCCAAAGGUCCCAAGAUCACAAGCAAGGUCUACUUUGAUAUCGAGCAUGAUGGUCAGCCCCUCGGACGGAUUGUCAUGGGAUUCGCUUUGGCUACUGGCGAGAAGGGAUUCGGAUAUGAGGGAUCUACCUUCCACCGUGUUAUCAAGGACUUCAUGAUCCAGGGUGGUGACUUUACCAAUGGUGACGGAACCGGUGGAAAGUCCAUCUACGGCAACAAGUUCGAGGAUGAGAACUUCAAGCUACGCCAUACCAAGAAGGGUCUUCUCAGCAUGGCCAACGCCGGAAAAGAUACCAACGGAUCUCAGUUCUUCAUUACCACCGCUAUUACAGCCUGGCUUGAUGGAAAGCACGUCGUCUUCGGCGAGGUGCUCGAGGGAUACGAUAUCGUUGAUAAGAUCCAGGUCGUCCCCAAGGGCUUCCAGGACCGUCCCACCAAAGAUGUAAAAAUCGCCAAGUGUGGAGAACUUGACAUGAAGGAGGAAGCAGAGGGUGAAGGUACUGAAUCACCAUCUAAGCCCGACUCCGAGAAAGAACAGGCCCCAGUCCGUGAUGAAAUCUAG